GAGCGGAACUUUCCAGCAACAACUUCCUGCUGGUUGAGGGGGUCUGUUUACAGCGUCGGAGAGGAUUUCGUGUGUUUAACCGUUGUAAAUUGGAGAAUAACAGCGAUGGAUAUUCUGAAAGCGGAGAUCGCGAGGAAGAGAAAACUGAUAGAAGAGAAAGAACUUGUGGAUGAUUCAAAGAAGUACUUCAAGCGAGCUGAGCUUGCCCGAAAGGAGGAAGAAGACUACUACAAAAGAUGUGGAUACAAGGUUGCUCAUGAACAGCCUGUGACUCAGAUGGAUAAGAAGGAGGAGGAGGUCACCCCGUCCACUGCAUCCAACCCUGUGUUAGAAUUGGAGCUCACAGAGGAGAAGUUACCAAUGACUUUGUCUCGACAGGAAGUAAUUCGGCGUCUGAGGGAGCGUGGGGAGCCGAUCCGUCUAUUUGGAGAGACCGAUUAUGACGCCUUCCAGAGACUUCGAAAGAUUGAGAUCCUUGCACCAGAAGUGAACAAGGGCUUGAGGAAUGAUUUGAAGGCUGCUAUGGAUAAGAUUGAUCAGCAGUACCUGAAUGAGAUUGUGGGUGGUCAGGAGGCAGGAGAUCUGGACACACAGCAUGAUCUGAAAGUGCAUGAAGAAAACACCACCAUCGAGGAGCUUGAGGCUCUUGGGGCGUCUUUGGGCACUGGAGAUGACGUAAGGGAUAUGGACAUCAUAGACAAAGUGCUGCGGUUCUUACUGGGUGUGUGGGCCAAGGACCUAAAUGGCAGAGAAGAUCAUGUGAAGCGCAGUGUGCAGGGAAAGUUGGCCAGUGCCACACAAAAACAGACAGAAUCUUACCUCAAGCCUCUCUUCAGAAAACUACGCAAGAAGAACUUGCCUGCAGACAUUAAAGAGUCCAUCACUGACAUCAUCAAGUUUAUGCUGGAGAGAGAAUAUGUAAAGGCAAACGACGCAUACCUGCAGAUGGCGAUAGGGAAUGCUCCAUGGCCUAUCGGUGUAACCAUGGUGGGCAUUCACGCUCGUACUGGUCGAGAGAAGAUCUUCUCCAAACAUGUUGCUCACGUUCUCAACGAUGAAACCCAGAGAAAGUACAUUCAGGGUCUGAAGAGGUUAAUGACGAUCUGUCAAAAACAUUUCCCCACAGACCCUUCAAAAUGUGUAGAAUACAACGCCCUCUAACUAUCCCCCCGUACCUCUUCAUUUUGUAAAUAACAUAUCUGUUGUAAAUAUUACAGUAUUAAAGUCAAAAUAAAAACUUUUAAAUAAGAA